CCCUAGUGGCUUGAGUGUAAGUGAGUGUUUGGAUGCUGCGCGGUGCGCGCGGACGGAGGCCGUCAGUAUCUGCAUCUCGCGCAUCAGCACCACAUACAUACAGCUUCUCCAUCUCGACGCUCCACCUGCCUACAUCAACAACACGCAUUUAAAAGUAUUUGAGGCCAAUACAAAUCGCAGAAGUUGACAAAUUUGGGCUGAAAAGUGAAAUAAAUCCUUUAAAAAUGGUUAAGCUGGGGAGUAACCUACAAGACAAAGGAGCAAAAGCAGUGAGCGUUGAGGAUGGCUUUCAAAACGUCCCCCUCAUCACGCCCUUGGAUGUUACUAAUCUUCAGUAUCAAGCCCCAGACAAGGUGGUGGUGAAGACACGGACUGAGUAUCAGACGGAGCAGAAGUACAAGGCCAAACUGAAGGUGCCGAAGGUGGAGGAGUUCACCAUCAGCGUCACUGAUGGAGUUUCUGAGAGGCUGAAGGUCACCAUCCUUAUUGUACUGGCCUUGGCCUUUUUGGCUUGCGUAGUGUUCCUGGUGGUGUACAAAGCCUUCACCUAUGACCACACCUGCCCUGAUGGCUUUGUGUACAAGCACAAGCGCUGUAUUCCUGCCUCACUGGAGGCCUAUUACACUGCCCAGGAUGCCAACUCUCGUGGCCGCUUCUACACCGUUAUCAGCCACUACAGCAUGGCCAAGCAGACCACCUCCCGCUCCGUUUCUCCAUGGCUCCCCGCUGGCACCAACCAACAUGAUGUCAAGCCUCCCAACACAGACAACCAAUGAGAUUAUCAGUGUUGCCUUGUCAUCACUUACAUCACAAAGGAAUUACCUACAAUUUCCACAUUGUUCCUUAUAUUCCCAAUGGUUAAUUUCUUUGCUGCGUAGUUUUUUAUUUAUCAUUAUUUAUUGUACAUUUUUGUACGUUUUGUAUUCAUUUCUGCUUGAACUAUCCCUUUACAAUAUCAUUUUGUUUGUACAAAGGCAUGACUCUGCAAUCUUGUCAAGCGUUAUCCCCACAUUGUCUGUGAGUGUCAAUGACCCAUUCUGAGAGCAGAAUACCCAUAUGCCCUCAUGUAGUUAGGUGACAAUACAAUCUCGAAAGGCAUGAUAAAAACAAAGAGAGUUUUUGUGCUAAAACAUUUAAAUACAUGCUCUCACUUGUUUUAAACGUUUUAACAAAACCUACUGUACUUGUUACAUUCAAUUUUAUGUACAACCUAUUAUGACAUAUUAAUUAAAUGCUGAUAUAGGAUAACAGUAGAACAGCAAAAGAACAUAUAGCAUAUGUACAGAAAAUAUGGUUCCUACUUUGAACCUCAAUGUAAAUAACCUAUGAGCCAUGGUGUUUAUCUCCGUCGGACACAUUGUAAUAUCAUCACUGUUUCUCAAUGGAUGAGCAGAAGUGUCUAGAUCUUUGUGACUUGCUUUUGCUGGUGUCUAUGCUUGCAAUUAACCAGGGACAAAAACUUGGACUCUGAGAUGAUUUGGUGAAAUGUCUGCCAAAGCUUGAUUUUUCUGCUGUGUUCGGUCACAAGUCUGCUCUUUUUCCAUUUUUAUAUUUGUUGUCAGAAAAAAAGGAUUUUUGAAAUGUUAUGCUGUUGUUAGUUGAGAUGUAGCAAAGCCUUGAGUAUUUCUAAUUGUGUAUCCUCUUGGUUCAAGACAAUAAAGAUAUAC